AUGAAUGUAGCCGAUUUUGCAACAAAGUUUAGACCAGCCACUGAUAACUACAAGGAGUGGUUUGAGGGUCCAUCUUGGCUGAAACUACCUGAGAGUCAGUGGCCAAAUAGUACCAUUACUCCCGAUCCGAAAGCCGAUGAUGUUGAUAGGACUGAAAUUCGCCCUCGUUAUCUAAACAUACACAUUCGUAAGUCAAUAAUGAUUUCGAUUAAUUUUGAAUAUUUUUCUAGUUGGUACCGACUUAAGCGCGCUGUAGCAAAUUGGAUAAUGUAUGUUGAGAGAAAACUACAAAAGUUGCAGCAACAAAAAUUAGUUGAAAGGCUUAAUUCUACGCAUCUGGUUAAGGCAAAAAAUAUUAUAUUAAAGAUGGCCCAAAUAGAAAAUUUUGCUGAUGAUUAUGCUGCAGUACAAAGCGGUAGACCCAAUAUUAAAGGUGGUGCCUUUAAUAAACUUAAUGUUUAUAUGGAUGAUGAUGAAAUAGUUAAAAUUAAAAAUAGGGCGCAGUAUGCAACAUCCGCUUGUGGACCUCAACGAGAUUUAAUAAUACUGUCAGGUAAACAUCAUGUUACAAAACUCAUAAUUAUGGAUUAUCAUCGAGCCUAUCAUCAUUUAAACCACGAAACGGUGCUAAAUGAAAUCCGUCAAAUUUAUUUUAUAAUAAAAUUAAGAGCGGUUUAUAAAUCCGUUCGCAGAAAUUGCCAGCAAUGUAAAAUUGAUAACGCAAAACCCAUUUCGCCUCAAAUGGCAUAUCUGCCACCAGCACGCCUAGCAGCUUUUCAGCGACCCUUUACGUUUGUUGGAGUGGACUAUUUUGGUCCAAUAACAGUAACCUUUGGCAGAAAAUCAUUAAAGCGAUGGAGAGUAAUAUUCACAUGCCUCACUAUAAGAGCUAUUCAUAUUGAAAUAGCCCAUACACUCUCAAAAGACUCAUUUUUAUUGACCUUUAGAAAUUUCAUAGCAGCUGAAAUUUAUAGCGAUAACGGUACAAAUUUUCUAGGUGCUGAUCGUUUUCUUCAAGAAGAGUUUAAAAAUAUGGACUUCAACAAAGUACAAACUGAGAUGGCGUAUAAGGGCAUUUCAUGGAAAUUUAAUCCACCAGCCGCUCCUCAUAUGGGGAGAGUUUGGGAGAGGUUAGUGAGAUCUAUUAAAACCAUUUUAUACAAAAUAUCUCCCACACCUUUGUGUGGGAGAUAUGAUGAAAGCUUGAGAAGCGCGUUGAUGGAGGUGGAAUUAAUAGUUAACUCAAGACCCCUUACAUAUGUGUCACUUGAAACAGAGGACCAGGAGGCCAUCACCCCGAACCAUUUUCUUCUGGGUAGCUCGAAUGGUUCAAAGCCAUUUUGCUCACCCGAUAAUAUUGAUUAUAAAAUGUGUCUGCGUCAAAGUGAGAUAUUUGCUAAUAUGUUUUGGCGACGUUUUGUAAAAGAAAUGAUACCAAUAUUAACCCGCCGAGGCAAAUGGUCUCAACGAUCCAAAACAAUUGAAGUGGGUGAUAUUGUGCUUGUGGUGGAUGAGAAUGCCAUUAGAAACACCUGGCAACGAGGUAAAGUUUUAGAAACCACAAAAGCAAAGGAUGGUCAAGUACGAAGACCUAAAGUGAAAACUAUGAGUGGUGUUAUGGAGCGACCCGCAGUGAAGUUGGCAGUUCUGGAUGUCGGUAAUAAAUUGGAGUAA